GCUUGGAACGUUAUAAAUUUGAUUUGUACCAAAAUAUCAUAAAGCUCUUUCGCCCAUACGUAAAGAGCCAUAGCCAAGCACAGAGCCGAUUCCAUUUCUGAUAGCGGGAGUGAAAAAUGCAGAUUUCGAAGUUCAAAACAAAUGACAGAAGCAAAAGAGGUUGACGUGUGCUGAGGUGCUUACAAGUUAUACGCCACUCCUCACUGCAGUAGAAAAGAUCCGGAGCUGAAUAGCAGAGUGCAUAAAUCGAGAACUAUGGGCGGGUGCAGCAUCCGAGCUAUCUGGAUUCUCAACAAUCUCGAUGCCGUAGCUUUUUCCAGACGCUUUCCCGUUGUGGAGAAUCAAUGGCGCAGUGCCUGUAAAAAGCAAGAGCACGAAGACAAAGUGAUAUCUUGUCCUCUCCCGAACGAUGGGGAGGUAGCCAAGGCUUUUGUUGAUCGGAAGCAGAGAGAUGGUUCUGUAUGUGGAUAUGGCAUACGCAUUGCUUCAUCAAGUAAAGGUUCAGAUUCAUGGGUAGAUGAUCCUAUCACUCGCCACAUUAUUAGCCUUCAAAUUGACAGAAAUGCAGAAGAUGCUCAUGAAUUUCUGUUGUGGCCUCUAGUUUUGCACAUCAAGGGGCAAUAUCGUAUUCUGGUUCUUCCAUUAGUAGAACCUGUUCACUUGAUGGCAUAUGUGAGAAUAUGUCAAAGGACUGACUGUGGAAAUCCCAAUGAAGUGAAGGAAAAUUGUUUACCAAGUGAAAGUCUAUCAUCUCUUCUGCUCAAUCUUCCAUGCAUCACAGGGGCAUUUAUGGUGGCACAAGCCCUGGGAGAUGUGGUUACUGGGGAGGUUCUUGAACCAGAGAUGAUUGUAAAUCCACCACCUUCUGUCGGAGGCCUCUUAGACUCUUUAACAGGAAGCAUGGGAAUAACAGGCAUUGCAGCUAGGGCCAAGCCUGUAGCAGCCCCUCUUCCAGUGACUGCAACUGUUAGUUCGGCUGCCACAGGCACCAUAGCAUCAGACCUUUCUGGUAGCAAAGGUAGCUCAAGAUCUGUUGAUAAAGAUGGAUUGAGGAACUUCAUCAGUAGUUCAAUACCCUUUGGCACUCCUUUGGAUCUUGGUGUCACUAAUCUUUCUACUAUGAGAGCAAAUGGAUUUUCAUCAUUGGAUUUACCUCCUACAGAUCUGAAACAGCCGGCAUGGAAGCCAUACCUCUUUAGAGGAAAGCAAAGAAUACUGUUUAUGAUUCAUGAAUUAGUAUCUGCAGCAAUGUAUGAUAGGGAUGAUGUUCCAGAUGUUAUAUCCAUUUCUGGUCAAAUAAACUGUCGUGCAGAUUUAGAAGGCCUGCCAGACGUUUCUCUCCCCUUAACAGGCAUGAAUGCUGCUCAUGUUGAGGCAGUGUCUUUUCAUCCAUGUGCCCAAGUUUCUGAGCAGGGUGUAGACAAACAAGCUCUAAUAUUUUCACCACCACUUGGAAACUUUGUUUUAGUGCGUUACCAGGCCUCUCUUUCAAAUUUAAGUCCUCCCAUCAAAGGAUUUUAUCAGCUUUCAAUGGUUUCAGAAGAUGAAGGUGCAUUUUUAUUCAAGUUGAAGUUAAUGGAAGGCUACAAGGCACCUAUCGUCAUGGAGUAUUGUUCGGUAACUAUGCCUUUCCCAAGGCGGAAAAUUGUUUUAAUUGAUGGAAAUCCAUCAGUAGGAACAGUGUCAACAACAGAACAUUCAGUUGAAUGGAAGAUCAUUGUCAGUGGACGAAGUGGGACUGCAAAAAGCAUAGAAGCAACUUUUCCAGGGACAAUUAAGUUUGCACCAAAGACUACUAAUCGAUAUUCAUACAGAUCAAAAUUAACAGAAGAAUCUGUGUUCGAAGAGGAGAGUGAUUCUGAGGGUGAUGGUUCAAAUGGAUUGAACAAUAUAGAAGAGUUCUUGGAAGAAAAAAUGAAUAAGGACCUCAAUGCAGUUGAAUUAGAGGAGCCUUUUACUUGGGAAGCUUACAACUUUGCAAAAGUGUCGUUUAAGCUUCUUGGGGGUACCAUGUCAGGAAUGUCUGUUGAUCCAAAAGCAGUUACAAUAUAUCCUGUUGCAAAAGUACCGUGUGAGUUUUCAGCACAGGUUUUGGCAGGAGAAUAUAUUCUAUGGAAUUCGUUAGGAAGGUAUCCACAUGCAGCAUCUCCUAAGGACAGAAGCAAUAUUUUUCUCGGGAAUACCUUGGAAGCAUAUUUUAAAUUUCUUGAGAUGUUAUCAGUGGCCCAAAAAAUGCAGAAAAAUUCAAAAUUCAAAAAAAGAGAGUAAUAGCUGAUGUUUUUUUACAUUUGAAGUCAUCCUAAUUGCCUAGAGAAUGAGAGUGAAAGUAAACAACAAUGUACACCAUGAAUACUGUAAUAUGGAUUUUCCUCAUUAAUUUUGAAAUCACUGAUUACACAGUA